AUGAACCGCUACACGACCAUGAGGCAACUUGGGGACGGCACUUAUGGGAGUGUGCUUAUGGGCAAGAACAACGAAUCCGGGGAGCUGGUAGCCAUCAAGAGGAUGAAGAGAAAGUUCUAUUCUUGGGAUGAAUGUAUGAACUUGAGAGAAGUUAAGUCUCUGAAAAAACUUAAUCAUGCCAAUGUGAUUAAACUGAAAGAAGUUAUCAGAGAAAAUGACCAUCUUUAUUUUAUAUUUGAAUAUAUGAAAGAAAACCUCUAUCAAUUAAUGAAAGAUAGAAACAAGUUUUUCCCUGAGUCAGUCAUCAGAAAUAUUAUGUAUCAAAUAUUGCAAGGGCUGGCUUUUAUCCAUAAACAUGGCUUUUUUCAUAGGGACAUGAAACCAGAAAACUUGCUUUGUAUGGGUCCAGAACUUGUGAAAAUUGCUGAUUUUGGACUUGCAAGAGAAUUGAGGUCACAGCCACCGUAUACUGAUUAUGUAUCUACCAGAUGGUAUCGGGCUCCUGAAGUUUUAUUAAGAUCUUCAGUUUAUAGCUCUCCCAUUGAUGUGUGGGCUGUGGGGAGUAUAAUGGCUGAACUAUAUACCUUAAGGCCACUUUUCCCAGGGACAAGUGAGGUGGAUGAAAUCUUUAAGAUUUGCCAAGUUUUAGGGACUCCCAAAAAAAGCGACUGGCCAGAAGGAUACCAGCUUGCAUCCUCUAUGAAUUUCCGCUUCCCCCAGUGUGUUCCUAUAAACUUAAAAACUCUUAUUCCCAAUGCCAGUAAUGAAGCCAUUCAGCUUAUGAAUGAAAUGUUGAAUUGGGAUCCAAAGAAACGACCAACAGCAAGCCAGGCAUUGAAACAUCCAUAUUUUCAAGUUGGUCAGGUAUUAGGUCCUUCUUUAAAUUACCUGGAAUCAAAACAGCCUUUAAACAAGCACCUGCAACCGUUAGAACCAAAACCACCUUUAAACAAGCACCUGCAGCCGUUGGAACCAAAGCCGUCCUUAGCUGAACUGGAAUCUAAGCCUCUGCAAGACUCAGUUGAUCAGACGGUCGGACAGCCUAACGCCAAACCCAGCCACCAACCACUGCAGCCCAUUCAGCCGCCACAGAACGUGAGUGUCCAGCAACCUCCAAAGCAACAGUGUCCGCAGAAACUACCACAAACCCUAUUUCCAAGCAUCAUCAAACACAUGCCAACUAAGACAAAUGGCACAGUGGGUCAUAAAAAUGCUAGGAGGCGUUGGGGUCAAGCUGUCUUCAAGUCUGGAGAUAGCUGGGAAGAGUUUGAGGACUAUGAUUUUGGAGCCUCCCAUUCCAAAAAGCCAAGCAUGGGUGUUUUCAAUGAAAAGAGGAAGAAAGAUACUCCAUUUUGGCUUCCUGAGUCAGUCCCCUCUGGCUCCGACCACUCGCUAGGGGAGAGUAAGAGUUUACCUGCAGCUGUGUCUCUAAAAUCUGAUUCUGAAUUAUCAACCGCUUCAACAGCUAAACAGUACUACUUGAAGCAAUCAAGAUACCUUCCAGGUGUAAACCCCAAGAAUGUGUCCUUGAUAGCCGGUGGAAAGGAUAUAAACCCACACGCGUGGAACAAUCCGUUGUUUCCUAAGUCAUUUGGACCCAUGGGCACAGAACUUGCUUUCAAAAGAAAUAAUGCAGAAGAAAGCAUAAUUAAACCAAUCGAAAAGCUAUCAUGCAAUGAAAGUUUUCCUGAAAAAUUAGAGGACCCACAAGGGAAUCUCGGAAGUUAUGCUACUUACAAUCAGUCAGGAUACAUUCCCUCUGUUCUCAAAAAAGAAGUGGGGUCAGCUGGCCAGAGGAUCCACUUAGCCCCGAUCGGUCCAUCAGCUUCAGAAUAUACCUGGAGCACGAAAACUGGUCGGGGGCAGUUUUCAGGACCUACUUACAACCCUACAGCAAAAAACCUAAAUAUCGUGAAGCACGCACAGCCGGUUCCCUCGGUCCACGGGAGGACAGACUGGGUGGCUAAGUACGGAGGCCAUCGGUAG